AUAAAUCAAUGACAAUCGAGUGAAUUAGUUGCCGGAACCAUGAUUCUGGCGUUCAAGUUCGAUCUGGUCGUUCUAGGGUUUCUCCUGUGUGCUACCGCGCUUUGCUACGGCGAAUCGUCGACGUGUUUGACGGUUUACAAAGAAGGCGGUGCACCGGCGGUGUUUCAAUCUCCUAAAUGCCCUCGGUGGAAGCUCCCGGCUCACGACUCCAGAGCACGCGCAGCCACCACCACGCGGUGUCAAUCUGCUAUGCUUCAGGGUCGAAGGAAGUCCCUGGAGGAUCGCAUUCUCUGCGCUCUCGAUAUCUACAUUCCUUUUCUUACCAAAACGGGGAUUAAGCGAGUUGCAGUGGGAAUUGUAGCAGUUUUUGAUGGUCAUAAUGGUGCUGAAGCUAGUGAGAUGGCUUCGAAACUUUUACUGGAGUAUUUUUCUCUACAUACAUAUUUUCUUUUGGAUGCAACAUAUUCUGUUGUAUUGAAGAAAGCUACAGGCAGAUUUUUGGACACGGGAAAACAGGAUAUGGGUUUCCAGGUUUUGAAUUGGGAUGAUGAAAUUGGAAAGCACGAGUUGAACUUUGCAAGGUCUAAAUUUUCAGUCCCAGAAAAUCUUGAUGAUUCUUUUCACCUGGACAUUUUGAAGGAAGCAUUGUUGAGGGCGAUCCAUGAUAUAGAUGCAGCAUUUUCAAAGGCAACAUCCAGAAGUAAUAUCGAUUCAGGUUCCACGGCAACAGUUAUACUGAUAGCAGAUGGUCAAAUUUUGGCAGCCAACAUUGGGGACUCAAAGGCCUUUUUAUGUUCUGAAAAAUUUCACUCUCCUGAAGAGGCUAAAGCCACUUUACUAAGAUUUUAUAGAGAGCAGAGACGUAAUGGCAUGGUGUCACCUUCAAGGAAUUAUGAUUUUAAAUUAGCAGCCUCCUAUGGACUAACACGUUACGUUGUUAAGGAAUUGACCAAAGAUCACCAUCCUGAUCGAGAUGAUGAAAGAUCUCGAAUAGAAGCUGCUGGUGGCUAUGUUCUUGAGCGGGGUGGUGCACCUCGAGUUAAUGGUCAGCUGGCUAUUUCUCGAGCAAUUGGUGAUGUGUCGUUUAAAAGUUAUGGCGUCAUCUCUGCACCUGAGGUUACAGAUUGGCAAUCCCUGACUGCCAAUGAUAGCUAUCUGGUAGCAGCUUCUGAUGGUGUAUUUGAAAAGCUGAGCACGCAGGAUGUUUGUGAUUUAUUCUGGGAUGUAAAUGCUGAUGGUUCUGAGAGAUCAGGAAUCUCUCCUUCCUGCUCAUUUUCUUUAGCUGAUUGCUUGGUGCAAACUGCAUUUGAAAGGGGCAGCAUGGACAAUUUGGCAGUCAAUAUAGUUCCCUUAGGAUCUACUUAUAUUUCUCAUAUCUUGUUGAGGGAACAGCAUGCAGGAGGAGGAGAUAUAGAUUAUCAAACUAAUGUACUGCAAGAGUUCACACAUGAACCAUUAGAUAGAGGCAUUAGUUCUGACUUAUUGCAGUUAAAGGAUGCUCAUCCUCUUACAACCAAGUUUAAUAGAUUACUGGUUGAAGGGAAACAAGAAGGUUCUAGUUGUUUUUAUUUACAUGAGAACCUUGAUGAUGGCGUCGAUGAUAUAAUUCAAAAUAAAAAGGAUAAGCUGGAAGAUUAUGUGCUUGACUUACCUCAAGCUCUACCCAAUGGCUUCGAACAACACUAUGGUGGAGCUUUGAAUCUGUACAAUGAUGAACAUUUUUGCUUUUACUUUGGGAUGGCUAUUGGUGGAGCUAAAGAACAAUGUAUAAAUCUUGAAGCAUUUGCUAAUUUCCUCGGUUUGCUUGAAUCGAUACCUUUCCAUGAUACUGGUUCAAGUCAUGGAUCAGAUGAACAUGGAAUGCCAGACUCAAGGUAUGUACUAAAGAAAAGGUUUGGCCGUGGAUCAUAUGGUGAAGUGUGGUUGGCUUUUAAUUGGAAUUGCAAUCAUGGAACCAAUGAAUCGAGUUGGACCCAAGAAAACAUAAAUUCCUCGGAUGCCAAUUGUUUUGGCAUGUACAAUGGUAGUUCAUGUAGAAAUACAUCUACUGAUGAUUCUUAUUCUCGUAAGGGCAAACUGUUCAUUCUGAAACGCAUAAUGGUGGAGAGAGGGGCCCCUGUUUACUUAAGUGGUCUUCGUGAAAAGUAUUUUGGUGAGGUCUUCUUAAAUGCCUCUAGAUGCAUUCAAAGUGUGCGAUCAGCUGGAACUUCAAAGCCUUUCUUUAAAGCAGUGCACUCAAGCUUUCCUGACAUAUUAGAGAUAAAUGGUUGUGCUAUCCCAAAAACAGGAAAUACUUGGAGUUCUGAGGAUGAUUUUUUUCACAAAUUGGAUUUUUCUAGAGCUGCCUCUGAAGAAGGUCUUAACCAUAUUGCAAGAUAUAUUGAGUCAUUUGAAUCUAAAUCUAAUGAAAUAUGGUUAGUAUUUCAUUACGAGGGCAUUUCAUUGUCAAAGCUUAUUUAUACGGUGGAAGAAUCAAAAAAUGCUAAUGAAGAAAAUGCUGAAAUAAAAAGUGUUCGGAUACUGCAUCCAUCGAAAUGGUGGUAUUGGUUGAAGACAACUGAAGAAGGGCAAGAGGAAAUGCGCAGGAUUAUAUGGCAGCUGUUGAUGGCACUUAAAUCCUGUCAUGAUCGCAAUAUCACCCACAGAGAUAUCAAACCUGAGAACAUGGUUUUAUGCUUUGAGGAUUUGGAGACUGGGAGAUGCUUGAGAGGAAGUCCAAGUGGCGAAAAAAAUUUUACUGCUAAAAUGCGUAUCAUUGACUUUGGAAGUGCAAUAGAUGGGUUCACAAUGAAGCAUUUAUAUGGAUCAACUGGACCUUCUCGAUCUGAGCAAACAUGUGAUUAUAGUCCUCCUGAGGCUCUUCUUAAUGCAAGUUGGUAUAAAGGCUUGACAAGCACUACUAUGAAGUAUGACAUGUGGAGUGUUGGUGUUGUAAUUUUAGAGUUGAUCUUAGGAUCACCUAAUGUUUUUCAGCUAAGUGCCUUCACACGCUCUCUUCUUGAUCGUCAUAUUGAGGGUUGGAAUGAAGGCUUGAAGGAGCUUGCUUACAAAUUAAGAUCGUUCAUGGAAUUGUGUAUAUUAAUCCCUGGGAGUUCCUCAAACCAUUAUCGCACAAGGAACCAAGGUGGCGUUCCUCCUGCUUCCUGGAAAUGUUCUGAAGAAUUUUUUGCCCAUCAAAUAAAGAGUAGAGAUCCCCUAAAUCUGGGGUUUCCAAAUAUUUGGGCUUUGCGGUUAGUGCGCCAGCUAUUGCUUUGGGACCCGGAGGAUCGUCUGAGUGUUGAUGAUGCUUUGCAGCAUCCUUAUUUCCAACCUCCCCCAAAAACUUAAACAGGACAAACAUGAGGCCAUCCAUUUUUCUCACAGAAUUCUGAGAUUUUGUUCUUGCCAGAUCUACUUGUGAUCGAUAAAUGUCGGUCACAAAGGGUAUACGGAAAAGUUUCUCUUUUUGAAGAUCAAUGUCAUGGGAGACCAGGGUACAGGAUUCAUUCCAAAUUUCAAGUUCAAUCUACCUUGCAACGAAAGAUUUAGGUUGCAGGGCCAACUAACAAUUUUACGAAGUCUGAUGUGCUGUAUUGUUGACCUUCAAGUGUAUACAGCUUGCAUUCGGAGCGGCCAUGAUGAUUAUGUAAAACACAAAUGCUUACCCUAUUUUUUCAAUUGUAUAUAUUAUUUUCAUUGUACAUGCUGCUGUGGCUCAGUACUGGGAUUGACUGAUGUUCAUUGGUGGAUGUUGGGAAGGCAGAAAAGAAAAGAAAGCCCUUCUGGAGUCAGAUUGAUUCCAAGUU